ACCGGCAGCGCUGCCUCCAGCGGGGACUCCUGCGGCUCGCGCGCGCCCUCCAGCGCCAGCUCCGACACCGACUCGGAGAACGUGUGGGUGGAGGUCCUGCUGUCCUUCUCCCUCCGACGGAACAUCGCCACCAUCUUCGACCAGUCGGUGGGCGCCGACACCAUCCCUACCAUCCACGGGCUGCGCUCCAUCUCCAUGGCCUGGGUCAUCCUGGGACACACCUGCAUCGUGGCCUUCAAGUACUCAGACAACAUGGAGUUGCGUGGACUGGUGGAGAAGGAGCUGCUCUUCCAGACCAUUCUCAACGGCGCCUUCUCCGUGGACACCUUCUUCAUGAUCAGCGGUCUGCUCGUGUCCUUCCUGUACUUCAGGACGACGGCCAAGCUGGACGUGACCAAGAUCACCAAGAUGACGGGCAUCCGGUCCAACGCCCUGGAGUUUGUCGGACUCCUCAUGUACCGCUUCCUUAGGUUGACGGCGCCCUACCUCUUCUCGCUGGGCAUGGUGCAGGUGACGAUGAAGUGGUUCUACUACAACAGCGUGUUCGAACCGCCGACCAUGGACCACGUCAACUGCCCCAACUACUGGUGGCGCAACGUGCUCUACAUCAACACCCUCUUCCCCGUCAAGGACAUGUGCAUGCUUUGGAGCUGGUACCUCGCCGACGACACCCAGUUCUACGUCCUCGGGGUCAUCCUCCUCAUCCUCGCCACCAGGUUAAACCACAUCCGCCUGUCGGCCGCCACGCUCGUCAUGUUCAUGGUGAGCUCGUGGUGCACCACGGCCUACAUCGCCUACAGCAACGAGCACAUGCCCGCCGAGGACGACCCGCUCGCGCUCUUCGACAAGAUCUACGACAAGCCGUGGACGCGGCUCGGCCCGUACCUCGUGGGCAUGGCCGUCGGCUGGAUCCUGUUCAAGACCGACUGCAAGAUACGCAUGAGCAAGGUGACGGUGCUGCUCGGCUGGGCGGUGAGCUUCGGCUGCCUGCUGACGCUGUUGUACGGGCUCUACGGCGCCGUCCUGGACCCCAUCACCGCGGCCGCCUACUCCUCGCUGUCGCACACGGCGUGGGCCAUGUGCAUCUCCUGGAUCGUCAUCGCCUGCUCGUGCGGCUACGGAGGUCCCAUCAACAGGAUCCUGUCGUGGACGGUGCUGUACCCGUUCAGCAGGGUCACCUACUGCGCGUACCUGGUGCAUCCCGUCGUCAUCCGACUCCUCAGCAUGAAGAUGGACGCGCCGCUGCACCUGGGCGCCUACACCAUCUUCAUCCUGUUCCUGGGCAUGCUCGUCGCGUCCUACCUCUUCGCCUUCGUGCUCUCGCUGGCCUUCGAGGCGCCCGUGGUCACCAUGUUGCGCCUGAUCUCCCCGAAGCGGAAGGCCGGCGUUGGCAGGGACCAGUAGCCGCCGUCGUCGCCGCUGCCCGACACAUUGAUGCCAAAGCCCCAAGCCACCAGCCACUACAACAGCCUCGCGGCCUUGUUGGCCUGGUUCGACGAUGUCGUCGAUUUAUUUUCACUUUUAUGACAAUUGCUAGUUUUGAUUAUCGUCCUUUUUCAUUUUAUUUUUUUUUCUUUUACUUUUUAGACCUUUUGAGUCGCCAAUCUUACCAUAGCCAAUGUCUCAAGAGUUCCUAGAUAGUAUGACAAUUAUAUUUUUUAAAACAAAAAACAAAACAUUAUGAAUGGGAAAGUUGGGUUUGUUUUCUUAUUACAGAGAUUGUCAACAAAUUGGCGUAUGGACUGCCUCACCCAUAUCGUUUCAGAAAACACAACCACAAGUAUCAUGUAGUUUCCUGUACACUGAAGGGUCUGCCUUGAACUUGGUCCACACUUUUUGUUAGACACUGAGAAAUAAAAGGACAGGACCGAGUCUACAUGGUGGCUGACUGGCUCUCCCUACUUUCGUAGUAUAUCUAAGAAAGUGGACCGGGCCAAUCAGCCCCCUGGAAUAUAUGAAAGGACCCUACAGAGUACAAAUAUUGAUGUUGCUUCUUCAAGCAGAUUGACACGGGAAAACGGUCGACAAAAAAGGGAAAUAUUUUUUUAGUAAUGAUGCAUUUUUCUCAUGAGUUAGAAUAAAAUAUCUGAUUGCUUUUGUUUGCAACCAAUGCAUAUCGUCUGAUAUAUAAAUAAUGUAUAUUUGUUAUAUGAUUGUACAUGUGAUCUUUUGAAUGAAUGAGUUUGUUGUGUAUAUACAUGAAUGCAUGUGUUUUGUGGUAUGUACAUUUGAGAGUGAAGAGAAAGAGUCAGUCUGUUGUUUUGAUUAGUUAGGCUGGAUAUGUUACUAUUAGAACAGUUCAUUCAUCAUUUAAUUUGUAACUACUUAGUUUAGAAAAUCUAGUUAAUAUUUCAAAGAAACCUAACAUCAUUAUUUUCCCUGUAGACUGGAGUACUUGAGACCCUGUCUGUUAUUUUGGUUGUAACAUAUCAAGUGUUUUUAAAUAGCUACAAGUAUGACACACGUGUAAACAGGGUAAUCAUGACAAGAAAACAAAGACAUCAGUUGUAGAAAUAAGAAAAUCAGUACUUAUAAUUGCAGCCAACAAACACAUUUUUUUGAUAAAAUGAUUGCUACAAUGAAACAUGUAAAAUAAUAUGUAAGAUAAGUAAGGAAUAAAUUAUUAGGCUAUAAACAAACAAAAUGUACAAGUGAUGUUAAAAAAUAAAAGUUCUUGUAAUGAAA